AUGGCAGGACCUUUUGGCCGACUUUGCUAUCCACUUCUCAAUGCCGUCAAGAACAAAGUGCCUAAAGCUACGUACACCAAGAAUGUGAAAGCAUCCCAAGAUGUGUUGGACAAUGAGAAGAGAACCCUUGGUCGACAUUUGAAAGCUGAACAACAACUGAAGUUCGCGUAUGUAACGUCCAAAAAACAAGUUUCUGCUCUUGCUCGGUGUCACUAUAAGGGAAAAAAGACGGGAGGAGAGGGAGCGGGAAAGGGAGAGGAAGAGGGAAAUGAAGAGGAAAAGGAAGAGGAAGAGGAAGAGGGAGUUGAAGUGGAAGAGGGAGAGGAGGAAGAAGAGGAUGACCCUCUAGGACAUAAAACUCCGGAUUGGCGAAAAUGGAAAUGGCAAGGCGAAAUAGUAUACUCCAAUGACUUAGAUGCUCGCACAAGAUCAGGUAUUGAGGACGCGGCUAAAGAGAAGAAAAUAAAGUGCAAGGAACAUAAGAUGGUGGACGCAUUCAAGAAGUGA